AAAAGAAAUGCUAUUGCCAAGUGAGUACAUCGUAUCAUUAAAUCAAUAGCGCAAAACUAGAGAAUUUAUUGAAGAAGGAAAGGAAAGGAACACAUCCCAGAAAUCGGCUUUCCUUGCCCAGGGCUGCCUUAAAUGCAGUAGCAAAGGCAAGAUUGUUCAAAAAGAGGAAGUGUCGUCGUCGCUUUGUUCCGUUGUUGAGAAGCGAAAUCGAACGGUUUUUCGGGCCUUUCAAUGUAGAACCCCUCGCGGGCGACGAUCAUCCUUUCCCCAUCUUCUCCUACUGGUUUUUCUUCUCAGUUAUAAGUGUCCAGUGGAAUUUCUUCUUGUAUAUGAUGCUUUGUUCUGCAUUUACGACUCACAUACAAACGUGGCUACGUGAUUAUGACAGGAUUCAAUCCUUUGCAGUUAUUCUCAUCUAUGUUCAGAUUGGUUGUGCACUGAUUGGAUCUCUUGGGGCAUUAUACAACGGCGUUUCCUUAAUCAAUUUGGGUAUUGGGUUAUUCGCAUUGGUGGCUAUUGAGAGUAGCAGUCAGAGUCUUGGUAGAACAUACGCCGUACUUCUCUUCUGUGCAAUCUUAGUGGACAUUUCUUGGUUCAUCCUUUUUGCAUCCGAAAUCUGGAAUAUUUCUUCUGGGAAUUAUGGAACCUUUGUUAUCUUCUCGGUGAAACUCACUCUCUCCAUGCAAAUUAUUGGAUUUUGUGUGAGAUUAUCAUCUUCACUAUUGUGGAUUCAAAUGUAUAAGCUCGGUGUUUCUUAUAUAGACUGUUCAGUUCCCCGAGAGGCAGAUAGUGAUAUGAGAAACAGUUUUCUCAAUCCUGCAACUCCUCUAACUAGACAGCCAUCCAAUUCUGAUGAUGCUCUAGGUGGUUCUGUAUACGAUCCUGCAUAUUAUUCCUCCUUGUUUGAAGAUGGUAAAGACGAAACGUAUUUUUGCAGGGGUAGUCAAAAUAAUGGCUUUGUGAUUGGAUCACCUUCUAUGGCGAAAACAAUUCAAUUUAAGCCAUCAAUGAGCAGAUCUAUCCACAUCACCGACAUGAGUUGUCCUUAAUAUGUUUGACAUUCUCAUGUUAGCUCCUCAUAAUGCGUAGUUUUAGACUUUAUAUGCUCUAAAUGUUGUUAAAGAUUGCAAUGCCCUCCUCUGUAUUAGUUGCUACAGUUAACAAUUGCUCAACGACACUUUUGAAUCAUGAAGAGCACUUUGAGUCUCUGGGACCUUACCGUGAUGGUAAAGUUUAGUCCCAUAUAUAGAUGUCUCC